AUGGCACUAUUGAGAUGCCUACCAUUAAAAUGUUAUUAUCGUUUUCGUGCAGAUACAAGUGCCACCGUGGACGUAGUCAAGCCCGAGCAUGGAGGAGGUCUCGUGAAAUACAAGAUUGGCUACGAAUUGGCCGGUGGCGACAUCAGCUACACCGAUGCAAAGCAUGCAUUCGCAAAGUGCAAGAAAGGCAACAAAGAUGCCCACUCCGAUCCGUUCCGGAUGGAAGAGUACACCAAUACGCCGGCCGUCUUCAACACUGUGAACACACUCCUCAGAAGAAUGGCUGCCACUAUCCCAGUGUAUGUACGCAGCAUGGACACCCAAUCAUUGUUAUUGCAAGGUUCCGACGGAGCGAGCGGUGUACAACAUGGAGAGUUCCGGACCUUCUAUUUGGCCCGACACCCGACCAACUCGCUCAGCAGCCCCGUGCCAAGGACCGGCGUUUCCAUCUGCACUUGGAUUGUCAAACAUCAACCCAAAAGAACCACGGUACGAGAGGAAUACGUGACCACUGUUGGCGGCGAGAAGCGCACAGCGGAAGUCUGGUUCAAUGUCACCCACGGCUGGUUCCACUCGGACACCAAGGUGAACGCGGAGAGGAGCUGCCGGCGGACGCACGGUUUCGAUUACGCCGGACCGUUCAACAUGGGCAUUUACGAGAGCGUUCCCAGAAUUCGUAAAGCCGUGGACCGGCUUCUUCUGCUAGGUGAUGCCGCCCAGCUCACCAUUUAUGUCCAAAAUAAUUCUACUCGCCAUUUCCGCACGUUCACGUACCACAAAAACAGCAACCACUGGACUAGCGCUGUCAAUCAUGCUGCCACAACAGGCCUGGUUGUUUGCACCACUCAGACACACCGCAAGUUCGUUCCCACUUUAACGCACACCUGCGGUGACGAAGAGUUCUUCAUAUCGGCCACCCGUCACACCUAUGACAGCGCCCAUGCCCUGUGCAGACAGCAGAAAAAGACCAUGCUUACCUUCAACUCUAUGCGCGUCCUGAACCGGACCGACUCCUGUUUCCGCAACCAAAUCCUGAAGGCUAUUGAGAGGAAGGGCGCAGACAACUUCUGGAUCACAAAGGUCGGCAUCUACGAUAAUCAAGAGGUGUACGUUCCCAGCGAGGACACGGUACUCUAUGAAGAUGACAGCACCGGUGAACAUGCAGUCAUUUGCACUAGACAGGACUUGGAUUCAUGUCGAUCGUCUGUUCUUGGAUACGAGCCGUGUAAGAACGGACAGCUCUGCCGCUCCACAACCCUCAAGACCCACAAAUGCCACGACACACAUGUUUCCGUGGAUGUAGUAAAGCGGACGCCUGGCAAAGCACCUGUCGAGUACACGGUUGCCUACGAACUGGACCACAGGAACGUGAACUACGACGACGCAGACUACGCUAACUCCAAGUGCAGAUCCGGCCCACACCAUGCCCACUCGGACCCGUUCCGAAUGGAGGAGUACACCAAGUUUCCCUCCGUCUCCAACGCCGUCAACAAGCUCUUCAAGGCGAUCGACGUCGGCGUUCCAGUGUUUGUGCACGACCACAAGUUGCCUGGCCCAUCGCACGGUGAAUACCAUACCUUCAAGUAUGGCCCACAAUCCACUACCAACUCGCUCACCAAGCCCACGCCAAGGGCAGGCGUUGUCAUCUGCACUUCGGUCAUUCGGAAGGUCUAAUUCAUGCUCGGUUCUUUCUUCGUUUCCACCCUCCAACAUCCUUUUAAAAUCCUGCAUCACGGUCAUUUUGCCAAGUUUCCCACAAGGAAUCUAAAUGGCCAGGCCUGUUUGACUUUUAGUUACCAAUGAUAACUGUUUGGCUGUCAAUGGAGUACAAAAAGUAGAUGCGCACAGCCCAGGUCUGUUUCAUGCCUGCAAGCUGUUCCCCCAUAAUGUAGGAAUUAAAUUCUAUUCUUUUUUUCCGUUUUCCUUAAUUGUUUGCAUUUUACUUGCUCCUUACUGGCUACUAUCAGCCGGAAAAUCUCUCUACUACAAUUUCAAACAAUAGUGCUGCUGUUUUUUUUAAAGAUCUGGUUAGCUCCAUAACUGGCGAAGCUUGCACUUCCAUGUAUUCACUUAUUUUGUGUGCACGGCAUUUGUGUCUGUUUAAGAACACCCUAUUCUGUUCUGUUGACACGAGGCACGUGUCUUGUUUACCUGCGGCGACACCACACUAUCGCGUUCGACGCAUUGUCCUGUUUGACAUCAUUUCCUGCUUUUAACUAAUGCACGACCUUAUGUCUUGCAUUGCCUUGUAUUUCCUACUUCUUCAAAGUUAACCCUACCGAGCACCUCUGCGAUAAUCUCCCACUCGUGUACCCCGUGUGCAUAACAUGCUUUUUUGUUUAUUUGCGCCUAGUACUGUAC